CCUAUAACGUUUCUUCCAUUUUUCACAACGACAGCUUUUUGUGCAUCUUCUAACUGUUAGUGCAAGAAUUUACAAAGUGACCAAAAACACAAAUUAUAACAACAAUUAUGGAAACCGCAACGGAAGAUAAUCCGAAGUAUCACGAUCUUGUGAAUACUUUAAAUGGCGACGUACAAAAUUUGCGGACGAUAAAUCGAGAUGUGAUUCUUCAGCUGAUAGCUCUCGAUCAGAAGGAAAAGUUGCAAAGCCCGGCCGUUCCACCCCUUGUUCCGUCAGCAAAUAGACUGGAACUGGACAAACUACGCGAAGACGGACAAAAACUGGAGGAAGAACUGACCACACAGCAGAGCAUAAUCAGUGACCUUCUAUCCCAUAUCUCCAAAAUUCAGACCGAUGAAAACAGCAUAAGGGAUCAGCUGGCGACAGAAAAACUACUGAUCGAGCAACUGACCAAACAACGCGAUGAACUACGAAGCGUUUUAGAGGAAAAAGGUCUAAUUGUUCCCGGGGAAAACGCCGCACUGACGAUAUCGAAAAGUGCUUCCAGCAAGGGCUCAAUAUCCAAGCCCAAACAUCCCAAACCAAAAUCAUUUUUCAAAUUCCUCUCUAAUUCGGAAAAGAGUAAAAAAUCUAAUGCUUCAGCACAAAACUCAGAUUACUCUUUUGGGUCGCGAACCGAAAGAUUCUCAUAAGCAGACCGGCAAUGUGCCUCUGAUGACGGAGGGUUAAGUUACUGUAAUUUCAGCUUGCAUGGUGAGUAGAAAAAUGGAAAUCUGAUCGAAAAUAAUUUUAUAACAGUCAUUCUUUUUAAAUUUAUAUUUGAACAUUUCAUGCCCAGGGGAGAUACAUUCCCGGUCAGGGACGCCACGCGAGUUGCGUUAUCGACAAGCGUCAUAAAAACGUUCAAUUAACACGUCAUUAUAAACAACAAAAAACUUUUCACGCGGUCGCAUUCAAGGACUCGGAAGACGACGCAAUCUGAUCAGUUAAAUGUAGCUGAUUAGCAUAUAAAACAAAGAAUUUGUUAACCACUUCCGGGUGGUAGACAUCUAGCAAUCGUAUGGGAUACCUGGGCUCCUGCUUUUUCUCUUUGUAAAUUUGGUAUCCCAUCAAUCCCUGCAUCUGGUCAGCCAGCCUAAACAUCGCAUACGGCAUCUCUUCGCGAAUUACUUCAUCGUCUUUCUGCUCAACACGUUCGCUGGCAUCAAUCCACAACUGAUUCUUGAUGCCAUCCAGAUGGUCGAUGGCCAGUGUAUUCAGCUGGAAAGCAUAG